AUGGCUACUCGCAAGUUCGCAGACCAAACCAAGUACCAUCUCAGUCCGAAGGGAUUCUGGAAGAAAUUUAGGGAUGCUGUCGUGGUGAACCCUGAGAUCUCCAGUGGUCUCCCGCUACCUGGUGUCUUUCGAUACCCUCCUCCCGCCUCGAGACCAGAACGAUACUCCACGCCUGCUACCAAGGCUUCUGAUCCUGCUCAGAACCCGUACUGGAAGCGUGAUGUGCGACGCGCAUAUCCGCAGCUUUCUGUAGUGACGCAGACGGAGCUCUCAUCUCUGCUCAUUCAACAUUCUCAGGCGCAAUCCGUCGCUGCUCCAGCAGAAGGUCAGGAAGCAGACAAGUCUGGUGUGCCCGCUGCGGCCGAGGAGCCCAUGGACCUCACGCAAGCCAUUGCGACUAUCGCCUCAGCUAAGAAGGCGUUCUCCGAGUCCAAACUUCCUCCCAGUCUCCCUACGCCCAACAAGCGUUGGACGCCCGAGCGCACUCCAGAUGCACCGCAUGAUCCUACUGCAUACUUCCCCAUGUUGCUUUACAAGUAG